UAAGUCCCUGUAAUUCUCGCGAGAGUUUUGCGCAAUACGGUUACCUUUUAGACCAGAUCGAGAAGUUUAGCUCUCAGGCUGUGCUCAGCUGCUCAAAAUGACACUAUUAAAGUGUCAGCAUUGCAUUGGAGAGGAUAAGGCAGCAGAGGACACAGAUCAUGUGGAGAAAAUCUUGCCACCCGGCUACAGUCAUCUACUUUGUCAUCAUGAACUGCUGGAUAUGUCGGGGGAUGUUGAAAACUUCAGAGCGGCUCUUAAGUUGCAGAUGACUACUGAGGAGCAGGUCCAGAAGUGGCUGGAGGACUUUCAGAAGUCCUCAGCUUUAACAUGGAGGAAAUCCAGGACAUACCCCGACUCUGGACGCUACAACAAAUACAGAGUGGAUCUGAGAUGCCAGCACAAAACAUACAGUUCAUCAUCCAAGACAAGCAAAAAUACUAACUGCCCUGCCACCAUGUUUCUGAUUCUCAAGAGAUUUAUGUGUGAAAGAAAGUCCAGAUCAGGAGAUCCACACAUUGAAGAGGGCUAUUUCCUUCACGUGAACUUAAGGAAUGAACAUAAUCAUAGACUGAACACAGCUGAGGUCAUGAGGUGGAGAGAUGUGUCGAAUGACACCAUUGAAAAGCUACAACAACUCUACAAAAGCGGUCACUCUCCUUCAUCUGCACUCAAGACUAUUAAAUACAACCUGCAGGAAGAGGAAGGCGAUAACUACACUUAUGCUAUUGCAGAUCGAUCGAUUUGCCCAGACCUUCAGUUCUGCUACAGAUUAUACCACAAGCUUUUUCAGAAAUCAUGUGCUGAACCUGCAGAGAAGGACAUUUCAGACGAGCUUUUUAAACCCUUAGAGUUGGAACAGUCAUGGGAGACAGCUGCAAUCACAGCAGACGGACACACCACGUGCAUUGAAGAUGGAGUGUCUGUUGAUGCUGUACCAAUCAUCACCACAGCAGAGCAUUUCACUGAAGACGAUGAGCCAGGCCCAAGUGCAGCUGAAGAGGUCGUUGGUUCUUUAGAUGGACAGCUUGAGGAGAUCUUUGGGAUGCUGAAAAAGAAGCUGAACGAGGAUGCAAGUUUUACACCACCUAUAAGAGCUUUUGUGUCCAGUUUCUUUCAGAUAAAGAGUGACAGUGCUCUUCAAGCAUCACUCUUUUCCUUUGGUAAGACCACUCCGAUAAUCAAUCAGAUCAAUGUACUACCAGCUACUGGUCCACGGAGGAGAGGGGCUUUGGCUGGACGAAGAGCUGUGGGGAGACCCCCGAAGAACUCAAGAAGAGAGCACCCAUACUGCAACAGCAAAUCCAACAACACUUCCCAAACUCUCACUUUCUGUUUGCAAGACAAUAACACCCUUGAGAAUGAUCUAAAACCUGUGUAGAGACUAUUAAAUCAAUAAGCCUUGAGAAGCUUGGUAUGAACAACUUGAAACCUGAGCAUUACAAGAAGAAAUCAAUGUUUACUCCGUUUACUUUAUAUUUUUGGUCUUGAUGUGCACAAUUCAACAGUGCAUGUUAUAAGAGAAAGCAUUUGUGGUUGUAAUUAUGAUCUUAAUGUAAUGUGACAGACUCCAUUCAGGAAUGAAACACCCACAAUUCAACCAAAAAUCAACUUUCACCCUUUGUUUUUUUCCCCCCAUUGAAAGUUGCUUCAGUUUGCAUUGUCAUAUUAUGUAUAAUAACUGCACCUAUGCUGGCCAACAUAUAUUUUAAGGUGUCCAGAGUAACUGUUACCUUUUAUUUUAACUAACCUAUUCAAAGAGAAAAUGUGCUUCUGAUAUCUCCAUUGUCCAGAUCCAUGUAAUGUGAAUUACUGUCAUAUAUGUCACCCGAGUUAAUUUAUAUCCAAUACAAAUGUUAUUUUGGCAAAAUUUCACUUGCUAUCACAAAAAGUCAUGGAUUUUGAGUACCAUGAAUAGGAUGGUUUAAAAAAAAUAGUGUAGUUGUGUUUAGUAAACAAUGGACAAAUAGCUUGUGCUAUUUUCAUUGGAAGACACAAUAAAAUCCUGUUCAAAGUUUA